GGCAGAAGCAGUCGGUAUCGAACCACCGUCUCGCUGGUGCCUCGUUCGAGCUGCCAGCAAGAUAAAACAGCUCUUGCGCCUUCUCUUUUGCAAGGCUGUUUCUUUUUUAUACAGACAGACACGCGCGUUUUUCUUUCCUUUCCGGUGUGUUGCUAACUUUCAAGUGUGACAUGUGUUAAAGAGCAACUAGAGUGCGAGCUGAAUAAAAAAGUGCAGAGACUGAUGGGAUCGAUCGAGGUGAUCGAAUAAAAAAAAAAGAAGAAACGGCGAAGGCACAGGAGCCGUAUAACGUUUGCCAGAAAGCGUAGUAAGUGAUUUAUGAGGGAAAAAUGGAGAGUGGAACGGGCCAGGGUAAAAAGCAAAUCCGCGUGGGAUUCUAUGACAUCGAAGGGACCAUCGGCAAAGGCAACUUUGCUGUGGUCAAAUUGGCGAGGCAUCGUAUCACUAAGACCGAGGUGGCCAUUAAGAUAAUUGACAAGAGCCAGCUGGACUCUACAAAUCUAGAGAAAGUAUAUCGCGAAGUCGAGAUAAUGAAACAGUUGGAACAUCCUCACAUCGUUAAGCUCUACCAGGUGAUGGAGACUAAGAAUAUGCUUUACAUGGUAUGCGAAUACGCGAGUCGCGGUGAAAUUUUCGACUAUAUAGCAAGGUAUGGUCGAAUGGCCGAACCACGAGCACGUUCAACCUUCGCUCAGAUCCUUUCAGCGGUGGAAUACUGCCAUGCUACCGGGGUCGCACAUCGUGAUCUCAAGGCUGAGAAUUUGUUACUCGACGCCCAGAUGAACGUCAAGAUCGCUGACUUUGGUUUUAGCAAUCGUUUCGCGCCUGGUGAGAGACUUCACACUUGGUGUGGAAGUCCGCCUUACGCAGCGCCCGAAGUUUUCAAGGGCAGGCAUUACGCCGGACCUGAAAUCGAUGUUUGGAGCUUAGGAGUGGUUUUAUACGUCCUUGUAUGCGGAGCACUACCCUUCGAUGGUUCGACACUUCAAUCGCUGAGGGAUCGCGUGCUCAGUGGUAGAUUCCGCAUACCCUACUUUAUGUCCACAGAAUGCGAGAGUCUAAUCAGAAAGAUGCUGGUACUCGAGCCCACGAAGAGAUACACAAUACCGCAAAUCAAGAGGCACAGAUGGAUGGCUGGCUCGAGUGACGCCGUUUUACGUACACCGGUGCCCACUAUCUCACCGUCUUUGCAGGAACCUAAUGAACAGAUUCUCAGGCUCAUGCAUAGUCUUGGUAUCGAUAUUACGCGCAUACGAGAAUCAUUGAGAAACAAUAGUUACGAUCAUCACGCAGCCAUUUAUUUCUUACUUCUUGAAAGACUGAAACAGCAUCGAAAUCGUACGAAGGAGGAGAAAUUCAAGUCGAGAGGCCGUGAGGAGAUGGUUAGCCGUGGCGGCAAACGAUUCAGCUCAACAAGUUCAUCAACCGACGAAGGUUGUUGUAGCGCUGAAGGUGAUCUCGAAGAUCAAGUACCCUCGGGUGACGAACUUCGCGAUGCUCAAAUCAAGCUGGAAGAGCACAGAUUAGGCCUCGACCGUGACGUCAGUCAACGCAUCGAAAGUCAAAUUGUCAAUAGGCGACUGAGCGACUAUCAACAGCAACAUUUCAACGAAGGUCUCGAACCAAUGGAUCAACCACCGCCACCUCCGUCAUCAAAUGUCCACCACCAAGCGAACGGCAAUGGCAAUGGUGUUAAUGGAAGAGCCAGUAUAUUCGGAGGAAGUAAUGGAAGUUCAUCAUCGGAGUUUUUUGAAUCGAGUUUCGAUUCUGGUUGCCCGCCCGACUAUACCACUUCGGGAACUUGUUUCACGAGUAGUCUACCGUCGUGUACACCACCACCGCCGAAAAGUCCAUCGCCAUCGGCAAGUAGAAUAUCAAGGGUUGCUGCACAAGGAAGAAGAGCAUCAGAUGGUGGCCCGAGGCUGAUGUUCACACAACAAGGAGGCGGUGACAGACCUGUUAAGCAGAGGAGCAUCCAAGACUCGGGUAAAGCACGUGGUCACUUAGAUUUGGUGCACCUUCGACCACCGCCGGCCUCACCACAAUCGACAUCGCAAUACAAACUGCGUAAUGUGGAUUCCGGUACGCAACUGCAGUUAUUGGUCCAGCAACGAAUGUUACAACAAAAACGUAGCCUCUUCCAUCGUCAACGUGGCAGUAGUGCCGGUAGUCCAACUCAUCAUCUUCACUUGCCACGUCAGGAUAGUUACAAACGUGCUCAAAUAGUGCCACUUAUCGCCUCACCACAUCACAUACAAUUUCAUCAUCCGCAUCAUAAUCAAGUGCCACAUUCGAUGGAUGAUGAAAUACCGGGUGACGAGCGCUGGAAGAGUUUACCAUCAAGACUCGCUGCUGACUGUCAAUUGGCCGAACGUUCACUACUCUGGAGCCAACAGGUAUCCGGCCUUGGCGGUGGAGCAUCAUAUUUACCACCAGGCAGUGUAGGUGGUUUCUUAUGGUCUGCAAGUGGUAAGCCACACUCGACGAUCUUUGAGAACACGACUGGCGACCCAAUGGAAUGACUAGAGGACACCGGUGCUUCGCUGGCCAACUGUACUAUUCGAUUAAGGAGCGGCAGUACCAGUAGCGCCACUGGCUCAAGAAGAACACUUGUGAGGCCAUGAUUCGGAUCGCGUAUUAUUGACUGAGUUCUUAUCUAAUAAGCAGCGUUUUCUUUUUCGUUUUCUUUGGCGAAGAAAUAAAACGGCCAUAUGACGAUUAUUCUUUUUUUUUUAUACUUACUGUUAGACAUUGAAUUAUGAUACGUCGCUCAGUCAAUAAAACUGUCAAUGAAGCAUCGACACACAACACACAAACACACGAUACACUUGUUAUUCGCGUGGGUAUGCCAGUCAAGCUUUUUGCGAUAAUUAAUACGUAUAUAUACGCGUACGCGGACAUGUAUCUCAUACACACAAGAGUUGCAGUAGUUGUCUUAUGAUCAGCAAGAAAAAAGAUGGUCGAUAUUCCUCGUCUGAUCAUACAGCAGGCGAGUCAUGUUAACGUAUUUCAUAGCUUAUUUAUUACUACUAUACUCGUAGCUUGAGAUAUACGGACACGUGCUACCACUCUUACGCGGAGUGUUCAUCACAAAGCAAUUACCUGGAUUUUGUUACACAUAUAUCUACAUAGAUAUAUUCGCUUCCGCUUUUAUGAUGCUUCAAUUAGCUGCAAAAACAUAAAGAUAACGAUUAUAAAACGGAACGAUCGAUUCUAGGUAAUUGACUUUUGAGUAACGAGGAAUCAUAAGACAUUUUAUUGGUUCAUUUUUUUCGCGAUAUUUUAGCAUAUAUACGAGUGAAAUAUCGAUGCACUUGUGCAUUAUGUGCUUACAAUAAUCGACACUUAUGAGUAAAGCGUUUUUUGUAAAGUCAAUUUAUAUAUAAGAUACUAUCAUCGCGCACUUUAGCGGAAAAAUGAAUCUGCGGAUGCUCGCUAUUCGUAAAAUGUCUGAGAAUGACGGCAUAUUUGCAUAUUAGAGCGAUGGAUUAACAGAUGGUAGCACGUUGACUCUUAAUUAAACCGGGACUGACAACAAUAUCUUCUACAUAUGUAAAUUAUGUAUAACGAUAAUAAAGAAACCACGCAAAUUCAUUAUAGACUGAUGUACAUGUGACAAUGAUAAACACCAACACUAAUUGCACUGCUAGGCACAUUGGUCUCACGCUUUGAAUUAUGGAGGCGAGCAGCAACAAAAAGACGUGAUGGAAUAUCUCAGCAGAUUUUUUAACGAAAAGGGAAAAGGCCAAAAGCGGUUCUUUUCUCUCGACCAAUCGUACAGUAGGCUACUGUUUUAAUCUCGUUGCAAUUGUGAUAUAUAGACUCAUGGUAACGGAACAUCACAAAAUCUAGUUCGAUUUUACACAUUUUUAAUUAUUGAUUUCCAUCGACAUGUCACAUCCAUCCUUUCCUGUUUGCAACCGUAAUGUCGCACACAGAACACAUCGGCGGAAUCAUUUUAAAUUUAUAAGCGAAGAAUUUCGAACGAACCAAAGACCGUCAAUAAAUAGCAAAGAGGAAUUAUACAACCAACGUUUUUAUAUUGUGAUUAAUAUCGCUAAAAUUGUCAAUUCAUGUAUAAAAGUGCGCCCGUUGCAUAGAAUUAUUGCUCGCCUCUCUCACAGCGAUGAUUUCUUAAGAUAAAACAGUCAUUACAGACAAAAUUGACGUUUUCUUUUUUAGAGAAAAGAAAAACUUUGUACCUUGACUCGAGCAUGAGAUAUUGUAAUCAUCUUCUUUAUCUAUUUAUAUCUUUAAACAUCUGCAAAGACUGCUAUACUUGUAGAGAAGCUUGCAGCUUUUAUAUUUAUUUCACUUAUGCACGAUACUUCCAUUACGCUCGUGGUAUACGCACACACGUAUCGCAGGUACGUGUACAUUUCAUUCUGGCACUGCUUGAAUAUAAUGGAGAACGAAUGAAAAAAUUCGCGGAAAUUUCAGAUAAGCUGAUAAGGGGGCAGGAAAGCGUGGAAAAUUGUUACGAGAGGUUUGCUCGUAAGACGAGUGCAUGCAGGCGUUCUUAUAAAUUGUUGUUGCUCCUGGCGAUACUAUCUAAAGAAUACAUACUGCCACUUUUUCUUCAAGUAAUAAACAACACACGAAAUGUAUGACACAAACGCCUUUUACAAUACAAUUUUAUUCUUUCGUUCGAACGAAUUUCAUUUAAUAAGAGCAAUAUUACGGAAAGAUUUUAAAAUUAGUUUUUUUACCGUGAAUUUUAUUAGUUAUUUUGUUCUUCCACGUCACGCAUUCCUUCCACCUAAACUAUAUCCACGAUAACAGAAUAGAAGUUUGAUCGCAAGCAUUUUAUCAGAAAAUUUAUCGAGUACCUCGUGUCCGGAAUAUAACACACUUUAUUCUCUUUCUACGUCGUACAGUGUGUGUGUGUGUAUGUGUGUAUAUAUAUACACGCGCGCGCGUGCUGUACACACAUCACUCUAUAUAAAUAUAACAUAGGCUCUUCCACUGUAAAUGAGGCCACUAUGCGUUUUCAACUUUUAAGACAACCAAUGAUAAUAAAUCGAUGAAAUACCAGUCAUUAUACAAAUAUAUCUAAACAAAGUAGCUCAAAACAUUGAUAUUCGUUAAUAAGAAAUAUACGAAAAUAUACGAUUACGAUCAGGUUGAUGCACUUUGUUCGAAAGACUGUUAAAAAGAACUCGUCCGACAUGAUGAUGAAAUCGAGUCAGAUAAUUGAAUUUUCAAUCGCAAAUAUAAUGUAUAAUGAAAGAAACAAUCCUUUUUGUAUGUUUAACAUGGAAAAUGAUCUAUAAGUGUGUACUGAACGUAUCUAUAUAAACUUUUUAAAUCUAGACGCUAAAAAGAUUUCAUAUCGAGUUCUGGAAUUGUCGUAAUAUCUAAAUUUUUCACACAAAAGUAAAAGAAAAAACAAUGACUGCGCUUUAGCUUCCAAGAAUAACUUCCCUAAUAUAGUUUUCCUUUACAAAAUAUAUAAGUAUAUAAUAAUGCAAGUUUUAUAGCGAAAACUUUUUUGAUAAAACCUGAUAAUUGAUACGGAUAUACUGAAGUAUCUUAAAAAAACAAACUGUUUACGAAUCCGUCUCACGAAGAAAUAAUGACAAUAUUUAAGGACUGCAAGAAAUGAUUGCUUCGAGCAAAAUGCAUCGAUAUCUGGUUUAAUCUUAAUUAUUAAUAUAUAGAAAGCAAUAUACCAGCCGCGCACAACGAUUAUUACGUACCAACUAAUAUAAUAUGCUAAUCUAGUUUUUCCGCCGUUUUUUUUAUCCAAACAAAGAAAACAAACGAAAAAAAAACCAGAAAUGUCAAGAACUUCGCUGAUUAAGAGAAAGAAUGAAAUAACAAUCAAAUUUCGCUUCGAAGGAUCUUUUGAUAAGCGAAUUAAUAGUUGUUAAGUUUAGCCUAAUUGUUGGAGCAUCAGCUUGUUUACUCGAGGGAUAAAAACAAAAAAAUAAUGACGAAUAUUGUUGCGAGUUUAUCGAAGGAUUUUACUUGGAGAUUGAGAACGAAUAGAUUUGUUAUCUGAUCACGUGAACGCGUUGUUGAGUCAAAUUGGAAUGUUGAAUUUUCCAUCGACCCAAACCUGUAAUUAUUAGCUACGUAGAAAAAAACGAAACGUGUUUCUAGCGAGUAAAAUUGUUUGACAUAUUUUACUUUUUGUAUAGAUUUGAUAGUCAGUAUAAGUAGCAAUAAUUUGCAAAACAUAAUUAUUUGUAUAUUACUCGUCGUUAGAUGCGCAAAAACUUAUAUCAAUUAUAAGUUGUAUAAUCUAUACGUUGACUUUGUAUAGCGACAAUUAUUAUAAUUAAAAUGUAUCAUCAUAUGAAUGUGAUAAGACAGAAAAUUCAUUAUUACUGCAUCAAGGCAAGAAAAAAAACGCUAUAGUCAAUAGUUGCAGGUCAUUCUUUUUGUUUUAGAAAAGAGACAAGCACGGCGCAAUGAAAUCGAUCCAUAUCCAUAAAUUAUGUGAUCGCACACGGCGAAGUUGUUUGUACAAUUUUUCUAGCCCUCGGUUUAAUAUUGCUGCGAAGGCAAAAAGUUUAUUGCUACGUAAUAAAGUUAUAUAGAGAAUCGUCAACAAAAAAUAUAACUCAACUGGAUAUAAAAUGUAUUGAAUAAAAAUAUAUGCAGACUA